AAAGCUACAACUCUUCUUCGCAAUCUGUACAUGGAGCUCAGCGAUUACAAUGAGACGAUCUGGCAUAGCUUCGUCGGCGAGCUGCUCGACUAUUGCUACGAAGUCCCCGAAACCUCUUCCCAGUGCAGUUGGACGCCCGUCGAAAGCUACAAUGGCAUGAGCAUCACACUCCGCCUCGAUGUCCUCAGUCUUGGACCUUCAGAGUCAAUCUAUUUUUCGAGAAUCCGCGGGCAUCCAAUCUUUGUCUUUGCACGGGAGCUCACCAUUGUCAUGUUCAACGUACGCGGACUUCCUCCCCGAUUGGCUCGCUCGUCCUGGCCUACAGCGCAUUCACGGUGUCGGCAUCAACUCACAGUCUCCCAUCACUGGCCUAGGCAUGCCUACCUUCUUCCAAAACUUUCGUGCGGGAAGCACAUUACAGCUCGGUCAGCCGGGUCCCAAUCAUGAGCGGAUCUGGAAAGAUGAAAAGCCCUGGUUGAUUACGCACAUACGCUAUGACACGACAGAGUACGCAUACAAGCCCGCCGUAGUACUCGCUGGCCACAUGCUCCCUUUCUUGCGCGAAGUCUGCUUCGCCGGCGAUAGCGGCAGCAGCGGCAUGGAGCUUAGCACGGUCACUGGGAACGCCAACGGUACCGUUCAAGGGCCCUUUAUCUCCGUGAUGGGCGAUGACUCGAUGGCGGCAGAGGUACUCCGUGACAUGGGCGUGGGGCAGUUCAAGCGGGUGCACUUUACCUGGAACGGCGAAACAGAGCCGCUUCGCUCUGAGCUUGUCGAGAGAAUCACGGAAGGGUACGGGUGGGCUCCAGCUGGGGCGUCGAAUGCAGACGGGACAGACUGGCUCGAGCAGUAUCGCUUCGUGAAGCCGGGUGCCGGAGACAUGGUCGACGAAGUUCUGCGUAAUGAAGUGGGCAACGACCUCGAUCGGCUAGCGAACAUCGAGAAGGCAAUGGCAGCCAAAGUGCGCCAGCGUCCCGGCGGGGCCGCUUUUGCUGGAAGAAAGCUGAGGUACGCCAUUCGAGCGCCGGCUACAGUGGUGAAGCUCGGCGGGGCUCAGGCUGCUAUAAGUGCAGACGCCAGACUCGCUUUGUUCUUGAACCGUGCGCAGGGUGGUUCGGGGGCUUGGACGUGAACGCAGGAUGGUCCGAAGGCAAGAGGUGAGGGAGAGGCUAUCACAGUUCGGGCCCGAUUUCCAUUUCAUCUCUCUUGCCUGAAGUCGAGCUCGCUAGCCCACGCACGGUCCGC